AUGGCUGCAGAAUUCGACUCUAUCCCUAUCCUCGAAUUUGGCGAUGCAUUAUCUGCUACCACAAAACCAAGGUUUUUGUCAUCCUUAAGACAUGCUCUUGUCAAGGUUGGGUUUUUCUACCUUCGAAAUCCUCCAAUAGGAGCUGCAGUUCGGGAUGAUCUGGUCAGAAAGACUGCUUCUUUCUUCGAUUUACCAAUGGAAAAAAAGCAGGAAGUGGCAAUAGCCAAUAGUAGGCACUUUCGAGGUUACGCUUCCCUGGGCAUUGAAAAAACGGCAACAAAAAGGGAUCAACGUGAAACGUUGACUGUUGGCUUUGAUGAGCCCGCACGUGAAUUAAGCUUGCCAGCAUACCAUAGUUUCUUUGGUCCUAACCAGUGGCUUCCCGAGUCAACCGCCCCAGGCUUGCGACAUGCAAUCGAAACUUACCUGGGGGAGAAUCAAGCAUUAGCAGACGUGUUUGUUGUCCUAGUUGCUGAGGCAUUGGAUAUGGACCGCAACGUCUUCACUAGACUCUUGGAGAAAGAUCCUCUGACCACCCUCAGAAUCGCGGCCUACCCCGAUCCUGGAAUCGACAAUGAGCCAGCAGCGGGAUUCCAAGGUGUCGGUCCUCACAAGGAUGGUAACAUCUUGACCUAUCUUCUUCAGGGUACGGAUCAUUCUGGUUUGGAGGUACAGAACAGGUCUGGAAAAUGGAUUCCUGUUCCGCCCAUUCCCGAUACGCUUGUGGUGAAUAUUGGCCGCUCACUAGAAGUCCUUACAAAAGGAGUCUGCGUGGCUACUACUCAUCGAGUUAACCUACGAUCGGAAUAUUAUCAUGGAAAGGACAAUGCUCCCCUUGGCACACGGCUCACUUUUCCGUGCUUCCAAAUGUUGAGUCUAAAUGUGACCCGAGAAGAAAUGGAGCUGGAACUUCCCAGUCAUAUUCUGUCACUACGUGAGGAAGAUGUCAAAUCUGACGCAGAGACAUACUUCGAGGAGGUUUACAAGGGGUUGGCUGGUGAGGCUCUUCUCAUAAAUGCCAUAACAAGCUACCCAGACGCAGGAAGAAGAUGGUAUCCCGAUCUCAUGGCUGAGGUGUUGGAGAAGCAGCAGGUGGCGAGGCAGAAAGAUAUUGCAGGAUGA